UUACGCAAAUCUCAUAGUUGUUUCCAGCUAUGCUCGGAGCGGGAUGUGAUGUGUUCCGAUUUUAAAGUAAUUUGAUUUGUUUGGAAAUUGUAUGUUACCGAUCUGAGUUCAAAGGAAUACAAAUAUGUGUGACGUUUGAGUUCAAUGUAAAUGUUUAUUGUGUAGACUAGUGUGUUGGAUUCCUUAAAAAUCUGAGAAAUUAUCUCCUCUAUUUACAUACAAGUCCAAAUUAUCAGAAUCUGAUGAAUUCGAUUUAAUGAUGAGAAAAAUCCUCAGUAAAUAGUUAUCUUCUUGAUGCGGACGUUUUAGAAUCUGGUUAGAUGCGACUCACUGCAAUGUUAUGCUUUAUAAACUUGGUUGCUUCAUAGAAGGUAUCCAUUAAGAAUAUGGAAACUAAAAAAAUCUUGGAAAAGCGUAAAAAUGACGAGAAAAUUCCAGGCAAAAACCAUUAUACUAAUAAUGCUGCUGUGCGUAUACAGCGAAAUCAGGCCGAGAAGCAAAGGCGUGACCGACUCAACGACCAGAUUGCUCAGCUGGCCACUCUUGUCCCCCCAGCUGUAAAUGCCUCAAAACCUCUUGACAAAGUUAGCAUCUUGAGACUGUCAGCAUCAUGGAUGAGGCUGAAUUACAGUUGCUUGAAUGCAAAACGUUUCAAGUCUGCUGUUGUGAAUUACCUUGAUAUGCAUCAUUCUUUGGUUACGAACAUGGAUAUAUUAGAAAAAUCAAUAAAUGGUUUUAUCAUUGCCACAACAUUUACUGGAGUUGUUUUAAUGUGUUCAAGGUACUCAGAAGAAUUCAUUGGUUACCAAAAUAUAGAUCUUCUUGGUCAUCACAUUUCGAACUUCGUGCUCCCAAAAGAAAAAGAUCUACUUAUGAAAAAAAUGAGAAAUUUAAUAUCCAAGUAUAAAAAUGGAUCUUCAAAUCCUCGUAAUGUCGUUAGAGUACGUAUGCAGCAACGACCAUUACCUCGUAGCAACGAGAUGAGGUACAGAAAAAUGUCUUUCUCGCUCUCAAUACAUUCUGGCGACGAAAUGCCUCAAAGUUCUGCACCACUGAAAAAAAGCUUAAAGAUCGGACGACACAAAGAUUUUGGAGAAAGUGCUAUAAUAUUAAUAUUUGCUGAACCUGUGCAAUUAGAGCCAGACAUUGAUGUGCAAUACUUAGAACAAAGAGACUGUUACUUCACAAUACAUGGUACUCAAGGCGAAAUUAUUUUUGCUGAUCACAGAAUAUCUAUCAUGACUGGUUAUAUGCCCCGAGAUGUUUUGGGAAAUUCAGCUUAUCAGUAUAUUCAUUGUUCAGAUGUGCCAAUAGCUCUCUUUGCCCAAAAAGCUAUGUUUGCAAGCAGUGAUGGAACUGGAAUAAUAACUUACAGACUUCGGAUUCGUAACUCAAGUUACAUAUAUCUGCAAACCAAGGGCCAGAUUAGAUAUAAAGACUCAACAAAGGAAGUUCGCCAAUUUAUCUGUUGCAACAUUUUGUUAAGUGAUGAAGAUGGUAAUCGAGAACUUAAGAAAUUUCAAGAUAGAUAUGCCCCGCAACUCAAAGAAUCAAAAAUUACACUUCAAGAAAUUAAAUCACCGACUAAAUCAAUAAUCACAGCUAAUGUUGACAGCGGCGCUACCAGAAAUACUCCAGUUGAGCAUGAAAACAUCAAACAAAAAAGCUGCCCCCAAGUAACCAAUGGUUCUUUCUCUGAUGUACCUAUGGACAUGGAGGAACCAAACACAACUGAUAAUACAAAAAAUAGUAGUGUUUAUUUAGACUUGAGCAAAGUUAACUACAAUGAAGAACGAAAUCACUCGUUAUCUUCAAGCUCUGAAAUUUGCUCCCUUAGCUCUGCUGAUAAUUCUCUCAUGGCUAAUACAUUUAGUUGUGAUAGUCAGGCAUUUCAAAUAAUGAACUACAAUAAAGCUGUGUCACCAGAAGCAUUGAGCUGUAAUGUACAACGUAAUAACACGCUUUCGAGCUUUGAUCUCAUGAGUCCCGUACAAUCUAUGUCAUCCUCGACUGAUGCUUAUGCUGAACCUGUAAUCCAGGAGAAUGAUGAUUUUCCUGUCAUUGUAAAUUCUAACUUUCUUACAUCAGACUUACUUUUGACUCCCGAUGAUUAUACUUGUUAUGAUACUGAAAAACCUUUUUUCCAAUCUCAAAAGUGUACUAGUUCCGAAGUUAAUUGCACGCAGAACCAACUCCAGGAGAACGUUGGCUCGUUCAAUGUGUCCGACAAUAUUGAAAUGGUUGCAGACGACUUUUUGAUACCCCAAGAUGUACUUCAGAAUUAUGCGACCAUCAACUCCGAGUCUUUGAAUAUUCCUGAUGGAACUUUUGCACGCUUUGAAAACGGCCACGGAAAUGUAAAUAGUUACGUUAGUCAAAAUCACUUCUCCACUUUCAAUCCAAAAAUUACCUUUGCUGGUGAUAGCCAAUCAGCGUUGAACAUGAGAAUGGUAAAUGCUGCCAUCAAAUCGAUUCCUGAUAAUAACUCCCAAGCAAACAUCGAUUUAAGUUUUCUUGACAAUACUGUUGAAAACAUGGCGCUGCUUAGUGAUUUGAGUGAUUUCUAUGAAAAUGCCAUGCCUUUCACGAAGGCAAACCAUAAUAAUCAGUUUCAAACGGAAACUGCAAGCUCUGUUUCUGGUACAGAAAUGAAUUGUGACAUUGUUUUAAAUGAUACUAAUUGUACUGGCGGACUUGGGUUAGUCACGCAAACUAGCUCAGAUAUACAUAUCAGUAAUAACGCACAUUCACCCGAGAAAUUUAAUAAUUGUUCACGUGAAUCAUAUUUUACAUCUGAUAAUGAUAAUUCUGUGGGAGCUAAUGGAAUGAGGACAUUUAAUGCUGACUAUUUUCAAACUCAUGAUUGGCAGAUGAAGGAAGAUAAAAUCCCUAGCACCUCCACCAAACAGAAGAUUAACGAUCACAUUUACAGCCAAUUUCAAACAAAUGUAGCUAUCCGUAAUGAUGGUAGAGUUUACAAAGUGUCAAGAAAAGGAUUGAAUCAUCUCCAUCCCAGCAUGAAUUCACAAUCAACAUUGAAUCACGCACAAAAUGAAUAUGUCGCUGAUUUGGAUAAUCAGUCAAGAUCUUCUCUGUGUCCAACUUUUCAGGAAAGCAUGUUUGAAAAUAUAAAGUGAAACCCUUGGAUAUUAUGAACUUGGAUAUUAUGAACUCGAAGAAACCACGGUAAUAAAAAUUUCACUUUAUUGGAAACGCUGA